AUGUCGUCUUCGAGAAGAAUCAGCCAUCAAGGCUCUUCGACAGCUGUCAUUGAACUUGAGCCAGUUCAUAAUCCGCCACGGGCAUACGAGAAGCAUUUCCCUGCAGAUACCGGUAGAAGACUCGGCCCCGAUGACUUCGAUGAUGAUCUUGACCGAGACGAUCAGAACGAGACUCUGCCAUCUCCAACAGUUGCUUCUCACGAAGAACUCGAGAAGUGGAAUGGGUCGAACCUCUACCGGACACUUGCUGCUUUUUGGGGCUUUGCAAUUAUGGGAAUGAACGAUGCAACUUAUGGAGCUAUCAUCCCAUAUCUAGAAACACAUUACGACCUCUCCUAUACUAUCGUCUCACUCAUUUUCCUCAGUCCUCUCAUCGGCUACAAUCUCUCUGCCUUGCUCAACAACAGCAUACAUCUGAGGCUUGGUCAGAGAGGCGUUGCUUUCAUCGCUCCCUCAUGCCACCUGAUUGCAUACAUAGUCAUCGCAUUGCAUCCUCCGUAUCCGGUACUGGUAGUCGUCUUUGCAAUUGCUGGCUUCGGCAAUGGCUUGGAAGACGCCGCUUGGAACGCCUGGAUGGGUGCAAUGUCGAACGCUAACGAAGUACUGGGUUUCCUUCACGGGAUCUAUGGCCUUGGAGCAACCAUUGCUCCACUGAUCGCUACCUCGUUGAUCACGAAGGCUGACAAACCGUGGUGGACGUGGUACUACUUCAUGAUCGGCUUUGCAGCACUCGAAGUUGCAACCAGUGUUUGGGCUUUCUGGGGCCAGACUGGAGAAGUCUUUCGUCUGGCUCAUCCGAGAACGACGGAUCAGAAAGGUAACAGGAUGAAGGAAGCUUUGUUCACCAUGCCGAGUGCCCGAGUCACAUGGUUGUGCGCCUUGUUCUUACUCGGAUACGUCGGUAUCGAGGUGGCUCUUGGCGGUUGGAUCACAACCUUCAUGCUCAGAGAGCGUGACGGAGGCGCAUUCGCAUCUGGUAUGACCGCAACUGGCUUUUGGCUCGGCAUCACAGUUGGCAGGUUGAUACUCGGUUUCGUCACGCCACGAAUCGGCGAGAAACUGUCCAUCUCCAUCUAUCUCCCGAUAGCGACCGGCCUUGAACUUCUCUUCUGGCUCGUUCCGCAAUUCUACGUUUCUGCUGUUGCUGUCGCGUUGCAAGGCUUCUUUUUAGGUCCUUUGUUUCCAGCCGCCGUCGUCGCCACAACGAAGCUCCUGCCCAGACAUCUGCAUGUCAGUGGUAUCGGAUUCGCAGCAGCAUUUGGUGGAUCUGGCGCCGCCAUCUUCCCCUUCGUGACCGGUGUCAUUGCUCAAGCGAAGGGUGUGCAAGUCCUUCAACCUAUCAUUCUGGCACUGUUGGUCGUCAUCUGGCUCUUCUGGAUCUCGCUUCCAAGGAUCGAGAAGAAGAGAGACUAG